AUGCCGGUGCGAUCACAUUACCCCAAAAAGAUAUCGUUGAGAAAAAGUUGUAAGGGUCUCCUGCGUGGACGUCUGGAGAAACGUGUGAAGCCUUCACGCACUGAGCUACAGAAGGUAGAGAAGGAGAAGAAGCGAAGGUCACGUCCCCAAGCAUCAGCAUCAUCGUCAUCGGUAGCAAAGCCUUCGACGUCUUCCGAAGCAGAAAGACUCACAGCCGUGGCUUCAGAAACAAAUCUGUUACCAGAAGCACCGAGCGCUCUCUUAGGGAGCAACGUCGAAAGCCCAGGAGUUCAGAAUCAGACGCUCAUUGCUGCAAACAACAGCAAUAUUGACGAGUCCAAUAUCAUUGCCGUCGACCCUGAGGGUCAAUCUCAGGCACAAACUUUUUGUCCUUUGGGAUACAAUACUCUCGCUACGUCGGCUCCCUAUUUUGAGCCAUAUUUAUUACCAAUAUCGGAAGAGGACAUCCAGUACAACGCUCCCAGUUUUACCUCCUCUAUCACCCAAGUAUCGGGCUUGGAGACUGAUAUCAAUGACCACUUUCUCCUGUCAGAGCCAACACAGACCACAUCCUGGGCUGACUUUGGUGCUCCCUCUAUUCAGAGCCCUCUAGUACACACCCAAGACUUUGGUAAUCCCUCCGGCCUUGCUUGGCCUUUAAACAUGGGACAAGACGUUCAGCAAGGACUACCACCACCUGCCCCCGAUACCUCCUCUUCUUCUUCUGCUGGACAGGAGUUGAGCCUGGUCAAAGUAACAUAUGAUGGCGGCUAUUCAACCCGCCAAGUGGUCGAAUUCGACGGCAGGUCGAACUUCAACUUCAUAGCCCAGAGUUAUGUCGAUAUACUCCAACGUUCAUCUCCUAUACAAGUCAUAAGUCUCCCACCAGGAAUCGGCAGAAAGACUCAAUGUCCCAAUGGUGCAUUAAUCAACAUCGAACAAAUCUUGUACGCCGGGAUAGAGUUCGAGUCUCAUCACCUCCCAUUCCCUCCUACUCGAGUAUACUUUGUCGUAUACGAUGACUUCAGGGGUGAGGAUGGGGUUCAUAUGACCCUGGGCCGUGAUUGGGUUGGCAAAAUCGAGCAGGCCUACCCACGAGUUGGCUACCAGGGUCAACGAUAG